CAAGAGCACUUUGCGAUUUUCACGCGAAUUGUUUUCCGCCGCUCUCACGAUAAAUUACUACACUAGGCCGGUCGUUCGCCCAUAUCGGUAAUAUUUUUCAUCGCCCCGUCGAUUUUCACAACCAGUUCAUACACUUUUGACGUUGUCAACAGUGAGUACUGAUUUGUAUCGGUCCUUGUUCGUAACGGUUGUGAUAUCCUUGUUAUCGGUGUCCUAGACUCGUAGCCGUUUGUGUUCCGAAAAUAUGGCUUUUCUUACAAUUAAUUAAGUGGUGCACGGAGAUUCUGAUUUUGAUUCUGAUUCUGACGUAAUUGUCUUGAAUGACGACGAUAGAUCGACUGAAAAGAUAAACUUAAUUUCAUCGGAUGAGGAAGACCCAUCACCAUCCAAAAGGCCCAGGCGCCGUCGUACACGGCUCCGCCGGCACAGAAAACAAUCACGCAGGUUGAACGCCGAUUUCGAAGCCAUGGCUGUAUUAAGCUUGAUCGACGCCAUACACGGCACUCCACACCCCGUUGUCGAGGAAGUCAACGAAAUGAGCGGACACGAGACCACGAGACCACGAGACCACGAGACCAACGAUAGUGACUCGGCUGAAAUGAAUAAAGAUGAUUCCGCCGUAAUUAAUAACGAUGAUUCCGCCAAAAUGAACAACGAUGUCAUCGGAUUGAACACCAAUGAAAGCAUUGGCAUCAUCGAAGACGUGCCUAACGACCAAAGCGACGAUCCGGGCAAUAAGACAGCCUCCCUGCCCCAGCCACCGCCAGCAAAGCGCACGAAAAAAAGUGCCCCUUAAGCUGAAGCAGCGAGUCAAAUGGAGAGAAAACCUCUCCAUCCUCCAUCUUCUAUCAAGUCUGUGUACCAAAUAUCAAUAACAUUUUCUUCCAAAUUUUUUCAAAUGGACCACUUUUUGAGCGUGGCACACCUCAAUAAUCAAGUAAUGUUCUGGUUAAAAUAACAAACAGAUGUCCAAAUAUGGCUCACAAGUUGUGUACAUACUAUUAAAAAAAAAAAUACAGGAGACCGAAACUGAUAAAUAAUUUAACUAAUAGUCAAUAGAUAUAAUAAAACAUUAAGGACUGCUUAAAUAAGUACAAACUCUGUGUCGUGUUCAUUUAGUACACACUCUAUUAUAUAUUUUUAUAAUUUAUCAAAUAAUAUUUUUUGUUUACUCUGCCUAGGAUAAAAUGUAAUCAAUGCAUUAAUAUGUUAAUGUAUUUUUGUAACUCUCACCUGUAACAUGCCAUUUAGACAUACAUUUGUAUAGGCCUCCGCCUUACAUCUGUGGUUUGUGAACACAUUUACUGAUUGUUGUUGAGUAAAGUGUGUAUCCGUUUACUAUUUAUUUUUAU